CUCAGGCUCAGCUUUGCAGAAGUGUAUUGGUGGUGAAAGGCGGCGGAUUCGCCAUGGCUUCCCAGCAGGACCCUCAGGCCCGGCCCGCUGCCACGAUGGAGAGCAAAAUUGCCCCCAAGCGGCCCCUUGAGAGCAGUCCCUCUGGAGGCGGUGACGCGAACAAACCUGCAAUGAAACUGCAAAAGCUGGACCUCCCUCCCGCAAGUGCACCACCUCCUAAGCAAGAUCCUAUCAGCAGAGGGAUAACGCCAGCUAACCUGUCUGCACCUAUGGCUGACGUCAGAGCUGGCGGUGUGCCGCAAAGGCAGCCAGAGGCAGCUGGUAAUGCGGGGCUGUUGCAUCCUACAGCGGAGAAGCCAAAAGCGCCACUAGGGAUUGGAAAAGAUGCGCCGGUUGGAGUGUCCAAUGAGGGAAAGAAGAGCCCUGCAGUUGGGGAGCAAUUAAAACCUUUGGUGGAGAGCAAAAAGGCGGAUGCGGCGGAGGUUAAAGGAGCGCCACCGCCAAUUGAGCCUGUGAAGUUGUUGAAACCCGUGGAAGAACCUGCAAAAGCCUCAAAGCCUGAAGCGGCUGAAGUGCCGAAAAAUGGAGAUGAGAGCAAAGGGGGAGCCAAGGAAGGAGCAGAGGGAGGGAAAGAGGAUGCUGGGAGGAAGGAGGGUGCCGCAGAGGAGGGAGGAGAGAAAGAAUCGCUAGGGUUGGCGGGAAGGAGAAUUCUAAGGCCCCGUCAGGCGUCGGCGCCUCCCCAGGGACAGCGCUCGAGGCUGAGGCACCGAGACGGAGAGGCAGGAUCUCCAGGAUUGGACCACAGUCUGCUUUACAAGGAAGGAACAGGCGUGCCGGAGCUUGGAGCCACAUAUGACAGCUCACCCGAGGGUGACGUUGAGGGAAAGAACCUGGUGGAGGUGCGGAUUCCGCCGGAGGCAAUUACUCUCGCAAACAAGCAGGUCCGUGUACGUCAGCUUUGGGGAACUGACGUGUACACCGAUGACUCCGAUCUGGUGGCAGUCCUGAUGCACACUGGCUACUACACCCCGUCUAACGCACCCCCGCCGCCGUCGGUCGCGGAACUCCGCGUGGUGGUGCGCUUGCUGCCCGCUCAGGAAGGCUAUCCCUCCAGUGCCCGCAAUAACAUGCGCUCACGAGCGUGGGCCGCAGCGAAGGGCGGGUGCAGCUUUCGCGUCGAGAAGUGCUGGGUGGUUAAGGCCGGGGGCGGAACGCUGGACCCAGAGCCGUCGCUGUCUCGGAACCUUGCGGCGGCGCCGACGCUUGUCCCGGCAGCAAUGGAGCGGACAGUCACGACACGUUCUUCGGCGCAGGCGGCGUCCAACCGGCAGCGCUACCUGCAAGAAGUGACGGUGCAGUACAACCUGUGCAACGAGCCGUGGCUCAAAUACAGCCUCAGCGCCGUCGCCGACCGCGGCCUCAAGCCGUCCCAGUUCACAUCGUCGCGCCUCAAGAAGGGCGACGUGCUCUACGUGGAGACCCAGACCAGCAGGUUCGAGAUCUCGUACGUCGAUCAAGCGGCCACCGCCAACGGGAACGUUGCAACGUCAGCCCCCCUGGCGCUCCCCACGUCAGCAUCCAGCAGCCGGCCCUCCUCCAGCCACGGGCUUAUUCACACCCUGCACGCCCCAAGAGCCUCCUUGGAGCGGCCAGGCACACCGCAGCACGAGCAGCCCACGUAUGAUGGCGAGAAGUACCGGUUUGCGAGGUGUAAACGGGCGCUUCCGCUGGGGGUCAUGCGAAAGAAGGGGAUCCCCCUGCCGGCGGAAGAGCUCGAGGUAUUGGAGGACGGUAUCCUCUGGGAGAGCAUUGAGUGGUCGCCUUCGGCUGUGUGGGUCCGGGGUAAAGAGCAUCCUUUGACACGACUACAGUUCAUGAGUCGGAUUGUCCCAGUUGGAUCAUAGUAGCGUGAUUGCUGUUCUCAUGCAGUCUUCAAGUGAGUGGGAUAGUUCGAUCAUGCUUUUCGUCAUCGGCCUUAGAGACUAGAUCCUAGUGAUUGCUUUGUCGACUUGACAGAAACAAGGCUUGGUUGAAAAGGGUGACCGCUUCAAAAGAUCCAGAUUUCUAACACCUCUAUCAGGUUUGUGCAUCUAUGACCGAAGAAAGGCUUGCCAUGCUCAACCGGAUGCUUAACGGGGC